UUCUGUCAUAUCAAAAAAGAGAAAGAUCCACCUAGUUCAACUUUCGUAAAGCCAUCAACAGCUAAUUACUAGAGGAUUUGCUGAUGGUCAGCAAUGGUCACACUGGGCCUAUUCGACCACACCGUGACAGCAGCCACAAUAACAGCGACAACUUCUACCGCAGCAACUACAUAAACGAUAGCAACAGCAACAGCGCCAGUAACAAUAGCAUCUCUUGCAGAAGUACUAAUACUGCUUUAGACGGAGUGAGAGCAUUCUCCGAUCAUUCGUCGACUCCUGCUCGUGCUAGAAGACCCUCUUAUCCACCUGAUCUGCGACUGUCAAUGAACACCAACAAAACAUCCACCCUUCACCAUAGACCCAGUCAGAAAAAGACCGGGCAACGGUCCAUCCGUCCAGUGAAGGAGUCGACAUUUACAUCAGCAACCUUGACACCAUCAACAACUGCCGCCACCACAUCUAAUAUUUCCACCUUCACUCCCGCAACUAUUUCAUCCACUGCCUCUGCUGAAUCUACAUCUGCAGCAGCGAUCAAACGGUCAAGGAGAUACAAACGAGGUAGACGGCACAACAGACGCAACACUCUUGAUCAAAAAAAUGGUCAUGAUGAUGACAACAGCUUCUCUGUUGAUACAGUUCCCAAAUCACCCCCUACCUAUGCCUGCAUUCCACCUUCCCCAACCUCUCCCACUCCCACUUACUCUCAUCCUCGCUUCCACUCUCUCUCCUCAGCCAACUCUCGUUCACACCCACAACAUCUUUCACAACCAAUGGACAGUGAUGGUUGUGAGAGUGACUACCUCUCUUCAGUCUCUCAGCAUUCCUCCUCAGCGAGGUCUGCUCGAGUUCGUCGAGGACGUGUCAGUAGAGUCGUCAAAAAGAAGCCCCAAAAUGACUUACCAUCACAGGAUUUGAUAGAGAGACCAGAAUUCUCCCCCAGACCCUUCAGCUUCCCCACAUCGCCCUCGGAUUCAGGUGCUGUAUUCCACAAUCAUACCCCAAUCUCAUCACGAUCAUCAUCCGUAGCACCAUCACGACCACUCUCUCCACUUCACCACGUCCAUACCGCACCCCGUCGUAGCUUUGAAAGCAUCGACAACUGCCUCAUGAACAACGAGUCGCAGACUGUGGCAUCGCUGGCCGACCCAGUAGCGACUCCAUCCACCUCAGCUAGUCAAAUCCCAGAACCAUCAUCUACAGAGCAAUCGAUGGAACGCACAAUGUCAAAAUCAAAAAAGAGGCGAAUUAGAAGGAAGAAUCGCCUGUCAAUCUUGCUUGUUAAUAACCCUGUUUGUGAAACACUAAGAAAUAAGAAUGAGGAUGAGGAUGAGGAUAAGGAUGAGGAGGAAGACAAGGAGGGAACCAACAACAGUGUUUCAUCUCCAGCAACAGGUCUGCCCCCUUCCUUGAAACAUAGCCUUUCGUUAAAGGCUCGCGAAAGUUCUAUCCUUAUCCGCCGUGGCUCUGCUCCGGCUCUUCAAUCCGAUGAGCCUGAUGCAGCUAAUUCUCAAAGCAUAAAUGAGUCAGCUGACUCCUCAUAUGCAUCUCAUACCAUCCAGAGCAAUAUGGAUUGUCGAACUCAAAGUCGACCUCAGUCAAUGCUGAGUGUCCUUGACGAGUCUGCAGAAUCAACUAACGAUGUAACGGCCAGUAGAACUGCAGAGUCGGAGAAAAAGGAUAGUCCUCUCAGUAGGCGACUCUCGAGAAAAGCACUCAAGGCUAUAUCGGCAGAAGUUCAACGACAAUUGAACGAGAACGCAAAAAGAACUUCGUUGCCUGCAUCGUCCCCGUCCGACAAAGUUCGUCCUUCUUUGGCAGCAGUCAUUUCAAAUGCCGAGUCUUCUGAGACGCCAGGGAGCAUCCCCGGGUCCCGUAAAUUCCAACUUGAGGACCGUCCUCUCACAAGAAGAUUCUUCUCGAGCUCAUCUGACUUGGCUAGACCAACUCGGAGUGUAACGAUGACGGAUUUAUCACCAGAGCUGAUCUCAACAGCCAAAGAGGCAGGAACAGGACCGAUCGACCGAUCACUAUCACCUUCUCCCACACCUAUGCCACGGUCUCUUGCACAUCCCUCGCCAGAAGUCCUUGAUGCUCCAGCGGCCACACCACUGCCACCAUCGAGUGCAACAUCGAUCCCCGCACCGCCAUCGACCUCAACUGCCCCUCCUCCUCCUCCUCCGCCACCUCCACCACCACCACCACCGCCGCCACCACCACCACCAGCAAAAGGUCUGCAGACUACGAGGACACCACUUCAUAUCUUGACCUCGAAUGUGGGCAAUUCCCAGCAGGGUGUAGCUACUCCUUCCACUACUCAAGGUCGAAAUAUUGUGGCUCGUCACAUCUUGCGUUGGGAUGCGCUUUCUCAUAACGAUAUCUCACAGACUGUUUUCGAUACUAAGCCCCAUCAUCGCCAGUAUCAUCGCUUCCAUAGCUUGCAUCCUCGAACAGGUCAAAAGUGCAAAAGUGGUAUCAACGGCCAUCUGAAUCGGACUACUACGCCAGGUCACCCUGCAGGUUCCUCUGCAAAGUUUCAUGCAUAUGGUCCUGGAGAAGGCUUUGGACCCAGCUUCGGGUUUAAUCAUGAAGCAACAGAUGGUGUCUUAAAAGGGGCCACUGAAGCGCUCGCAGGGUGUUCACUUGAUGCACAAGAGAGGAUUACCACUGAUAAUCAGAUAGGUCAGCCUGAAGGUCCCCCUCAAGAAAUUCCUGGCCCAAGGGAGGGUCAUAUUAUUAGUCCAGAUAGCUCACUUCAUGCGGUUGACAAGGAAGAGACUUUAGGGCCUGUAGAAGUUCCGACUACGAUUGAGAUGGAUAUUCAAAAGUUUGAAGAGCUUUUUUGUAUUGAUCCUGUCGAGGAACAGAAACGACUCAAAGCCAAGGAGACGAUUCAACAAGCCAAUGCGAAACCCAAGGAAGUCACAUUGCUGGACGUUCGUAGAGCAACUAACGUAUCAAUCGGUCUCUCGCGAUUGAUGAAGCGAUACAAGUCAUUCGAAACGCUUCGCUCUCUGGUGUUGUCCCUCAAUAUUACAGCCACUCCUCUUGCCGCUAGCGCCUUAACUUCCCCGCCAGUUGCUGAUAAUAAUCCAUUUGAUCUCGCCGCUGCUGCAGCUGUCUCAAGACGACGAUCUCUAGCACUUAUGGUUUCAUCUUUGAAUAAUCUUGAUCCAGAUAAGAAAUCAUUAUCCAGUCCCACAACUGCAACUGCAGGACGUACUCCUGGGCCGAUCCGAUCUGGCGCACCGAUUUAUUCCAACAGCUCAAACCCAUCUCUUGGCACGCGCUCCAGGUCAUCUUCGUCGCUAACCAAGCCCAGUUUGUUCCAGUUGUUUGGCCCUCCAACUCCUCCACCACUACCGGCUAUUCCAAAGACGAUGAUGCCCAUGCCACUUGCUGCUCACCCACUUUUUGCUAGCUCAGGAUCAAGCUCGUCCCUUCUUUCCAUUGGCACUGAUAAUGCCUCAUUCAGUUCACGCUCCUCGACACCUGCUGCAUACCAGAAUCAUCUGACCCUAGAUGACUUGUUGACGCUGCAGCCCCUUUUGCCAACUGAGAAGGAGCGCUCAGCUCUUGAAGUCUAUCAGCGCCAACAUAAAGCAGAGUUUUUGAAUAACGAGUCCGAGGCAAUCCAAAAAUUAGGUCUUUCAGAGCGCUUCAUGUAUGCGAUGUGCAAACCUAUCUUGACACCCGUUCCUGGUAUCCCCAUCUCGGGAUCCGACUCGGUGGCUUUACAGUGGGCUAAAGCACCAUCCGUCAUGUUCAAGGGUGGGUUCUCAUCUUUGAACCUCAAGAAUAAGUCUGGAUCAGGUUUAUUAUCUUCGCUUGCUGGGUCAUCAGCAAACUGUGUGGAUGAGGAUCCAUUGACGAUGGAAGAUUACCUGUUUGCAGCGAUCUGUAUGCUACGCUAUGACUCGGAUCUGGCUUCAACUUCAGAGCAGAUCAAGGAGCUUAUUAAAGGUUGCGAUGCGCUCCGGAUGAAUGAGGAUUUGAAAACUCUCUUUUUAGGCGUGUUGAAAGUCGGAAAUAUGCUCAACACAGUGUAUGGUCGCAAAAAACCAUCAUGGCAACAGCAAUACCAUCCACCUCAGGCAUCCACACAGCCAGCUCAGCCACAGCAGCCACAGCAACCGCAGCAGCAACCACAGCAACAGCAACAGCAACAGCAACCGCAACAGCAACCACAACCACGGCCGAGGUCACUUCAUCUUGCAAAGUCCAUGCCUAACUUGAAAGGCUCAUUCAAGGCCUCUUCACCUUCUUCAUCUCAUCCAGCUCCUCUUGCCGCUGCACCGCCACCACCUUCUGGUGCUCCUCCGCCACCACCGCCACCGCCGCCACCACCCCCACCCCCACCAAUGCCCUCUCAGCAGAACCAGGGUCAGAAUUCUUUGCAAGCAUCAAUGCAAUCCCAGGAUCAACAAAAUGGAGCUGCAGGAUUCCGGUUACAUAGCUUACUCAAGCUUCGUGAUGUGAGGAGUUUGGAUGGCAAGUCGAACCUUAUGCACUAUCUCGCCAAUAUGGUGGCCCAAACCAAUCCGGAGAUCUUGAAUCUACCGGAAGAAUUCGCAGUUCUUUCGAAGCUGGAACAGUACAAGACUCGAGAAAUUCUGGAGCAAGUUCUGGAGCACCAGAAAUCCCUUCGGAAGAUGAGGACAUUCCGACAGAGGCUGCAAGGCAAGAUUGAAGUGAUCACUAUGGGCCUCAAAAUGAAGGCAAAAGCAAAGGCUAGAGCAAAGGCCACUGUUAUGACUCCUAGUCAAAGGCAUCAAGGAAGAGGACCUCUUGAUGAUAGUGAGGAUGAAAGUAGUGAAGAGCAGAGUACUUGUGACGACGACGAGAAGGAUGACCAAAACAAGGAUCAAGAACAGGAAGACGAAGAAGAUGAUUAUCAAGGUCAGGAAGACGACGAAGAAGAUAAACAACGACGAGAGGAAUUGCUGAUGGCCAAGCAGGUGGUAGCCAAGUUGGACGCAUUCCUUGAUGAAGCCCAGACCAAAUAUGAGGAUUUGGUUGAUCUGGUGGAGACAUUUGAUCUCAGCUGGAAAGCGACUGCAAUCUACUUUGGUGAGAAGACUGCGGCCGAUGUUCUUGGUACAAACAUGGGGUUGACUCGGUCAUCGGAACUGCAACAACAACAAAUGUUCAACCGAUUACAGACAGGCCCACGAAAACCACCAGAGGAGAUUUUUGCUUUGCUCCAUGAGUUCUUUGGACAUUUCCGUGAAGCUCAUCUGCAGAAUGAGGAAGUCAAGCUCCGAGCCAAGAGACAGGCCGCCGCCACAGCUGCAGCCCAUGCGAAGCGUUCAAAACGUCGUGCGUCACGAGCAUCGCGCCCAUCAUCUACCUCGAGUACAGCAAGCUUUUUAUCCUCCUCUUCCAUCACCUCUUCUUCCUCCACCUCCUUAUCUUCUUCCUCCUCAAGGGAUAGCCUCAGUGCUCAACUUGGCAGCGCACUUGCGCUCUUGCGAGGUGGAGGUUCACGCCCUUCGUAAUCGGAUCCUUGUUUUUAUCUUUUAUCUUUUAUUUUUAUUUUUAUUUCAUUAAUUUCUUGUUUUUGUUUUUUAAUGCGUAUCUACUAAUUA